UAUACUAUUUUCAUAUGACUGCACUCAAACUUCACUCACGCACCGCACAAGUCAGUGCGUCAGCAUUACAACGCUGCAUGGCUUCAAUGUGGACCAACAAUAUUUGUAGCUUUCUACGAAAAGCACAAUGAUUUCAAACAAGUUUUACUAUGCCGUUAAGCAUUCACUGAGAUCAGUUACAUUCGAAAACUGGCAACAAUAAGUACGAAUUAUAUUAAAGUGAAAAUAUUUUUUAUUAAAUUAAAAAUAACGGUUUACUAUGUCGGAAAACAAGGAUCUCGUCGAAAUCAAAUUGAAUACAACAAACUCAAAAAUCCACGAGAAAGGUGCUAGCUACAGCAACAAUAUGAGUUUAUUUCGCUUCAAAGAUCGUAGCACAGCUACUAACAGUACAAUACCCUAUAAACAGGGUCUGUCGCUUACCGAUCUCCCAAAAGGUGACACCAAAGUGUUGCAGAGUAUUUUCGGUGGCAGCAUUGAAUUUGUGCCCAACGCCUAUCGUUCGCCCACAGAUUUGAGUUGUCUGCGUCAAAUGUACUGUCCCGAUUGUGAACAGCGGCUGCAUGUAGACAACAUCAGUUAUGAUCGCUUGCUGUACUGUUGCCUGCCCAUAUUUCCCUUCAAGUGUCUGUACAAACGCGCCAUCGAACGGCGUCAAAAUGGCAAUAAAGUGAUCUGCAAGAGGUGUGGUGGAAAUUUGGGUUACUGGAAGCAAAAGUGAUUACCUAAUAUAUUCGAUGGAUGUGGAGAAUUUGUGCCAAUAGUAUGUUGAAAGUGAAACUUUUUUAAUAAUACGAUAAAUAUUGUUCAUUUUGGAUGUGAAAAAUAUGUGUUUAAGGACUACUAAUAUAGUAUAAAUGAGUUUGUUAAUUGUUUCUUAUGUUAUAUGGAAACUUAAUAAUAUUUUUGUUAAAUAUUUAAUGCGAAUGGAAAUUAAAUAAUUCUUUAGUUUUAAAAGAAAUUUGUUACCGAAAAAAAAUUACAAAUGUGUUAAUAUUGAAAGCAGUAGCAUUUUUUCCUUCCAUAACUCGAAGUCUCUCAAAAUCGAAGUGUUUUUGUGGUAUAUGGUAAUUCGAGUUAGGAAAGUUCAACUGUAUAACUGUAAACUAAAGAUCAUGGAUAAUAUACACCACAA